CUAGCCAAUCGGUGAAGCCGUUCUUGGUCGUUGUCAGCAACCAACGUACACAAUUUAACGUCCAGGAACUGGCGUGUCUCUGGCAGUGCGGUCGGUCCAGAGGUGGAUAAAGCCACAUUUAUUAAAUUAUAAAAUCCUUUACUAACCGCGAGCUUCUAUCUUUAUAAGGUUGUCGGUAAACCCGCCGCCCGGUAAAUAUUUUCCGUCGGCAUGAAUCUCGGAGAUGGCCUGCUGUUUGAACUUGAAAACGGGAAACCCAGGUUGAUUUUACUCAGUCAUGGUGUUGAAAAGAAUCCAGCAAAGCAGCUGUCCUUCAGGCCCAGAGCGGCUAACAUCCUGAGCUCCAGGCAGCCCUCUAUUGUGGAGGAGAUGCAGGGAGAGGAGCGUCCAGCCCGGCAGCAGGCAGGGAGACACAGACGGGCCAGGAGCAAGGCAGGAGGAGCAGCCGCCUCCUUCAACUCCAACACCGCCACCACUGGAGGGAGGAGCACCACUUUGAUGUCAUCCAAGACACACGAGCAUCACAACGGGGGCGGCAUCAAAGCUGUGGCCGAGGUGAGGUCAGACCUACACAAACACGUUUCCACUGUUGGACCCCUGAGAGCCAAUGGGAAAACAGGCGAGCCUCAGAACAGGGGGACGCCAGUCAGAGGAAAGGUGGGACUAAAGAACACGCUGGCCAGUGGGAACACAGGAGUGAAGGACAGCAUGGUGGUGCUGACCAGUGAACAGCUCCAGCAGAUCCUCAACACCGUCCAGACCUCCAGCAAGGGCCAACACCCACCAGAGGACCACAGGACACAGGGCUCAAAAUCUGGCACCUCAAUGAAUGAAGCAGGAGGGGGAGGAGAGAUGAAGGAGGAAGAUAGAGGAGGAGGAGAGGGGGAAGAAAGAAAGAAGGGAGAAGGUUGCGGAGGAGUAACUGAUACCCCUGGAACCUCUCAAGAUAAAGACAACAGGUUGUCUGGAUGUUGGUUCAGCUGGCUGGAGGAGCGGCAGUCAGACAGCAGAUCGGCCAUUGACGCCAAGAAGGCUCAUUGGAGGAGAGAACUCGACGAGCAGGUGGCACUGAAACAACAGCAGCAGCAGCAGCAGCAGCAGCAGCAGCAGCAGCAGCAGCAGCAGCAGCAGCAGCAGCAGCAGCAGCAGCAGUGUUCGGCCCCUGGCAGACCCCAGGCUGAGGAGGACACAGAGAGUUUGUUAUCGGUUCAGAGCUCCGUCAGCCACAGCCAGCAGCCUGCAGCCAUCAGAUCCAGCCUCAAACUCGGGGAUGUCACGCCAAUGGAGGAACUGUUGAGUGUUGAGAAGAGAGAGGGGCAGAGGAAACGCUGGCUGGAGGAGCUGGACCGACAGAGAGAGGAGACGACUGAACGCAGGAGACAGGAGAAACUGCUACAGAGCCAGACAGAGGACCACGAGCUCUGGGCCGCACACUUUGACUCGCUGCAGAGGAGGCCUCCCAUCUACUCCGCAGCUCCAUCAGUUCCACCUCCAGCUCCGUCCAACGGAUCUGAGCGAGGGGAGUGGGAGCCCUCGUCCAGCCUGUCCCUAGUCUGGGAGGCCACGAGCAGCUGUGGAGCAGAGAGUGUAGGGGGGGCCAGCGUCGAUACGACCAGCGGAUACCCGAGCAGAGCCAGCUAUCUGAGGACCAUGACUGCCCUGCUGGACCCCGCCCAGAUAGAGGAGAGAGAGAGGAGGAGGCUGAAACAGCUGGAGCAGCAGAGAGCGAUCGAAGCCCAGGUGGAGGAGCGCCGACGGCAGAGGGAGCGAGAGGAGGAGAGGAGGAGAGAGGAAGAGGAAGAGGAAGAGAGGAGGGUGGCGCUGGAGAGGGAGAUGCUGCAGAGGCAGUAUGAGCUGGACACACUGAGGGAGAGGCAGAAGCCAAGCCAUCAGGCAGAGCAGCCAAAGAAAGGCCAAGAUGAUGAAAGAUUGCAGGAAACACUGGAGCCCAACGCAGUUACCAGACACGGGGAACGUUUGGAGGAGGAGGUCAGCAGUUCAGUCUCCCCGUACAGAGACACUGCUGUACAGACAGAAGCAGCUCCCUAUCUCCCGCUCAGAGCAGAAAGAGUUCAGACUCCGGACGUCUCUGCGCAGUGCCAGCCGCCCCCUCCUUCAAACAGCAGGAGCCGAGCAGUGAGAACGGGCAAGGAGAACAUCUGUCUGCCAGGAGGAAAAGGAAAAGGAAAAGGAAAAGGAGGAGGAGGAGGAGGAGACCCAUAUGAAGCGUUUGCCCGGACAGAGAGGAGCAGGAGAGACAAGAGGAGGCCGGAGUGGAACACACACAGGCCCAGCUGUCGGUUCGUUCCAGCCUCGAAACGUUACCCAGCCGCUCUGCAGAGGGACAGACAGGAGAGUCGACUGAGGAGGCAGGCCGAGCUCCUCGCCCUGCAGGAGAGGACCUGUCUGUCCAGGACCAACCCUCCUCCUCCUCCUCAGCAGCACCAGGAUCCUCAUCUCUCCUCCAACCCCACACAGACCAGAACCAGUUCUAACAGUAAGGUGGAGACUGUUUCCAGAGGACCGAGUAUCUCUGUAGCCAUCAACAAUGAAAGGGGGCGCUCUCCUCCCGUCCCUGCUGUCAGACACAAAGCGCAGAGUCAGCAGGCCACCGCCCCUCUUCCUCCUCCGGACCUGGAGUUCAUUCCUUACGUCCGAACUGAUGAAGUCUUCAACCUGGACCCGCUGGAGCCUGCUGACACCCCUCCGCCUCACACACAAACAGAAGCUCCUCCUCAGAGCUCAGCUUCUCCUCCUGCUCCCCCACACCGAGACCCCCUCCUCCACCCUGAGCUGCUCCGUAAAACACACACACACCGACAGCAGGAGAUCCUGAGAGGCCUGGCUCAGCUACGGCAGGGUUUAUUACUGAAGCAGAGGGAGUUGGAGACGGACCUGAACCCUCUACUGAAGCGCCACGACAACGAGCUCCAGUCACCCUCGGCAACGCACCGCAUGUGACCUCUGACCUCUGGCUACACUUCACAGCUGGCUGCUUUUGUUUGUGUGUGCUGACACUACAGUUUUUGAAUCGGCCGUCAUGGAGAACAUUGAACAGAAAAUCUUCACAGGAGCUCACUCACUCGUGCACCAGCUGGAAACUGAACGCUCAGUGUGCCACAACGUGGAGGAGUUUACCUCAAAGUUCACAUUUCUCUUGAAAAAUCCACAAAAUCUGCUGCAGACUAAAGCUGAUUGUUUCACAGUGAAUUUAAUUUAUGUGACGCCCCAAAUCAAGGAUGGGUGAGCAACAUUUUAUGUGAUUAUUGUAUUUUAAAGUUUUGUUUCAAUGCACUUUCCAUAAGAGUGACAGUUUACCAGACAGGUAUUGAGUUUUUCCUGGGUGGGCGUUGCAGCAGAGGAGGCAUCACACUCCUCCGCUCAGGAAUCUCAUUCCUGUAGAGAAGCAGCGUCAACGUAUGCAAAUCAUGAAUGAAAGAGGGGGUUUUAUGUUUCUUCAGCUUCCUGCUGGCCGAGGAGCUUCAGUUUAUGCUCCUGUGUUGUGUAGGUUUUUUGUUUUAUUGUAUUAGUGUGUUUUUUAUUUAUUGCAAAUGUAAUAAAUUAUGUAAAGUA